GGCGGGUGUCUGCAAGCAUAUAUUGAUUUCUUGGCCAAUUGACCUUGUGAGACACUUAAAGAGAACUGCAUAUUUGUAUAUUAUUCCUUUAGAAAUGCCAAGCCUAAUGCCAUUCUUGAGAGUCCUCAGAGAUCCCCAAAUGAACACCUGAUUUCUAUAUGGACUCCAGCCUCAGAUGGCUAUGAUUUUUCAGUAUAGCAAUGCGCAGUGUCCUGGGUUAGAAUGUAGGAUAUGCAAAAUACAUAUUUUGAUAACGCACUGCAGCUGGAUUAAUAUCCUGAUCUUAGGUUUGUUAUGGAUAGCCAAGAAAAAUGUAUCUCGUGUUCAAAAUGCUAAGGGGAACGGUGUCCUAUACUGUUCGAGUAUGUUUACUCUGAGGUAAUUUUCCACAACGUAUUAUUGAUUUUAUGAUAAUGUGUAAU